UGAGCUUAAGGGUUAUCCUACAGUAACGUUUGUAAUUCGGGUAUCGUCUGCUGUAGAUACCAGAAUUACCAGAUACUGUAAAAAUUAAUUUCCGUUCUUGAACACGACUUUUGAAAACAUCUCGAACGAACGAUUAAACAAAUUUUCGUCGGCUUAUUAAUGUAAAUUUUAUUCGUGCUUUAUGUUCAGUCACGUACACGUUUUCAUAAAUAAUUAUCAAAUUUCUGCCGAACUGGAGUACGCAGCAAAACUGAUUUGAUUUGAAGUGUUCUUUAGUAUAUAUUAUGGAUGACGAGCUUGAAGACAGGAUUUUGUAUCAGACAUACAUAUCCCACAUGAAGCUAGUGUCAAAGUUUGCUGUGGGUAUUCCUACUGGAUUCAAUGCUGGGAUAAAUACUCCUUUCGGCUAUUUUUGGAGAGUCAUGAGAACUUACGCACUGAAACCAGAAGUGUUAAUUUGUGGGGUAGUUUUGGCAAUAAUUCUAUUUUACAUACAAGCUGUUGAUGUAUGGAGCCGAUCACUAUUAGGAAAAAUUCAAUACACACUUGGCCGAACCACAUCAAAAGUUACAAAACUACAGUUUCUAGUUAAUGAUUCUGUAAACAAUGGAGUAAAGCUCAGUUGGGAAUUGAAGCAAGGAUAUAUUGCUGCUUAUGCAGUACAAGGCCAUAGAGCUCAUAUGGAAGAUCGUUUUGUUGUAAAUGAAGACAUGAAUGAUACAGGUGUAUCUUUGUUUGCAGUAUUUGAUGGACACGGCGGAGAUUUUGCAGCAAAUUAUGCAUAUGAUAAUCUUAUUCCAAACAUUAAUAAAAAAGUGAUUGAAUUGAAAGACAUAAUAGCUGGUAGAGAACCACGUGUAUUAAAAGACACGGUUCAUAUAGAAGAACAACAGAAAGAUGAGAAAAGUGAUGCAGGAACCCUUGAACGCAAGAAAUCUUUUCGUAAGACAGUGAGCACAUCAUUAACAGAUGAGUUUAUGAAGAAGACUGUAGGUGUAACUGAUCCAGAAUUACUUGAUAAGUUAGAUAGUUUGCAGAGACCAAUUACAAGAGAGGUAAGACCAUGCAGGACAACAGAAAAACCACCAAAAAUAGAUAUUACAACUUAUCUUGAUGGAAAUAAAAUAAACUACGGUAGACUAUUAACUGAUGAAGUGUUAGCAGCUGAUCGAUUAUUAGUUGAAACUGCUAAAAAAAACAUGGAUGUAGCUGGUACAACAGCUUUGAUUGCUCUUUUAGAAGACAAUAAAUUGAUUGUAGCAAAUGUUGGCGAUUCAAGAGGUGUAAUGUGCGAUGGAAAAGGAAAUGCAAUACCUUUAUCAUUUGACCAUAAACCUCAACAAGAAAGAGAAAGAAAAAGAAUAUCUAAAGCUGGUGGCUUGGUAACAUUUAAUGGUGUAUGGAGAGUCGCUGGGAUAUUAGCUACUUCUAGAGCUUUGGGAGACUAUCCAUUGAAAGAUAAAAAACUAGUAAUUGCAGAUCCAGAUAUUUUAACUUUUGAUCUUAGCGACCAUAAUCCAAUGUUUAUUGUUUUGGCGUCAGAUGGUUUAUGGGAUACUUUUACAAAUGAAGAGGCUGUAGCAUUUAUUAAAGAACGUAUAAAUGAACCACAUUUUGGAGCAAAAAGUAUUACACUGCAAAGUUAUUAUAGGGGUUCUGCAGACAAUAUAACUGUGGUUGUAAUUAAUUUAAAAGAUCGUAAAUACGGAAUAUCAGAGGCCAAAAAGAAUUAAUAAUGUUUUAAUUGUACAACAAAUUUAAGUGAUUUUUUCCAAAGAUAUUUUCUAGUCGGUUACAUUUUCAUAUUAACGACUUAUAAGUAAAUGUAAGUCUGAAACAAAAUAAGUGUACAUACUGUAAUACUAAAAUAUGUGAUGUUUUAAUCAUUGUUAAAGAUUCUUCUUUUGUAGAAUUCAGCAUCGCUUUUAAUUAUACCUUUAUAUUAUAAUUACUAUUUUAUGUAAUAGUAUUCUGGAACAUGCUUCAUUUAUAAACAAAUAUUUAUGCAUCGAUUCGUUCCAAGGAACAAUAAUAUUAUCCCAUAGUAUGUAUACCUGAAAUUUAUUAAUAUUAAAUGCUUAUGUAGCAUGCUUUUAA